AACUUUUAAACAAACCACUAAAGAGCAAAGGCUUGCGAUGGUUAUGUUUAUAGAAAAUUCUGACAAUCGAGACAUUAUUGAUGGAAGAGUGGCAAUUGGUGCACCUGUAAGUGGCAAGCCUUUAACAAAAAAUGCAGGCUUUGCACAAAUGACUUUAUUUGUAAAUAAACGUUGCAAGAAUAGUGAUUGGAGUGCUAAAAUAGCAAGUGGUCAAUGGGCAACUUAUAAAAAAAUGUAUAUGGAAACCCAUAGAUUAACUGAAAAAUCUGGUUGGGGUUUAACUGAGGAAGAUAAUGCGAAAGGUAUUAAUACUAUUGAUGCCAAAUUAGAAGAGUUGUGUCUAUAUUAUAGUAGGAUUGAUUUGAUAUAUGGCAAGAGACAAAAUAUUCAACCUGCUUUUCUUGAAAAUUUUGGUUUAAAUGGUGAAGAUGAGUUGAAUGGUCAAGAUGAAACCGAAAUAGAAAAUAAUAUUCAAAAUCAAUAUGAAACUGAAUUCGAAAAUAAUAAUCAAGAUCAAAAUGAAACUGAAUUAUAUGAUGCUCCUUCAACAGUUGAAACUAUUAUUAAUCGGUUUGAUAAAGAAGAUCGAAUUGCUCUUGAGCCACGAGGUGGUGAUAAAAAAUCAAUCUUAAAUGAACAGCAUAAAGAAUUUUUAAGAGAUGCAAUCGAAGAAGAACCAUGGAUUGCCAUUUGCGAUCUAACCCAAAAAUUGUUAAAACAAUUUCCAGAAAUAAAG